AUGGGGGAGCGGCUGAAGGGUCAAAAAGGCUACGUUUGCUCCUUUUUUGGCUGCAAAGCCCAAUUCACAAAGUCGUGGAAGCUCGAGGCCCACCUUUGCAAACACACAGGAUUGAAACCGUUCUCCUGCGAGAGCUGUGACAAGAGCUUCUGCACUCGCUACCAGCUCACCAGGCAUGAGCUCCAUCACAGCGGGGAGAAACGUCACAAGUGCCAUGUUGAUGGAUGCUCUGAGGCCUUUGGUCGACACGCCAGCUUGAAAAAACACAUCGCUCGAGUCCACCAGCACAAGGCCAAGCGAUACAAUUGUAACCAUCCAGGCUGCAUAAAAGACUUCAGCAAGAAGUUCCAGCUGAAGGCCCACAUGGGGGAACACGAAGGCCUUUUGCUGUUUCAUUGUAAGGUCAACGGCUGUGCAAAAGACCUCCCCUCACUUGGCAAGCUAAAGCACCAUGAGAAUAUGCACAAAGGUUACCCCUGUGAGGAAGAGCUGUGCCCUUUCCUGGGAAAAACUUGGUCUGAGUACCAGAAGCACAGGACACAGCACAGAGUCAAGUUGCCAUGCCAAACGUGCAAGAAGCAGUUCAACAACGCCUGGUUCCUGCGCCAGCACGAGCUGCAACGCCACACUGGGGGAAAGAGGUGCUUCCCGUGCCCUAAAAAAGGCUGCGGCAAGACGUUCACCAGACGUUUCAACCUGGACAGCCACGUCCUGGGCGAUCACGAGGGCAAGAAGCCCUUCAGCUGUGCCUACGCCGGCUGCGGGAAGCGAUUUGCCAUGAAGAGGCUGCACCCCAGGAAGACUCCGCCGUGGAGCGCUGCACAGGCCAGACUGCACACUGCAGAGACCAACAAGCUCGCUGCCAAGCUGUACAAAACUAAUUUAGAUGACCCUAAAUAUUGA